AUGCGCGAGGAAGGACGCGAUGGCGAGGGACGCGGUGAUGCGUCGCGCCAGUCGCGUAGGUCUCAGGGGCUGCCGCCGGAGGAGCACGCGAGCCUGGACGAGGUUGUCCGGGCAGCUCGGAAGGCAGGCGCUGCAAAGCACAAGGCGGCCCGCGAGGCAAAAGCCAAGUCGUCGGAGAAGGAGCCGACUCCAGCACCGUCCGUCCAGGAUGACGCGCACCAAGUGUCCCCGGAUGGCGAGCUGGACGUCCAGGAUCCUGACCCGAAGGCUGCUCAAGAUCAGGGUGAGUCCGUCCAGGAUGAGCCCGCCAAGGCGUCUGCGGGAGGCGCCGAUGAGGUUGAGCCCCCGGCGGCGGAUCGAGUUUCGGACUCUCCGCUGCCGGAUCAAGAUGCGGAGUCCAAGGAGACCCCGAACCUGGAAGACAAGCCGCUGCCGACUGUCCAAGAAGUGGCCGAGCUUGAGGACUCGCAAGAGACCUCGCCGUCCACCCAAGCGACCACGACGAACCCUGAAUCCUCGGUCCAGGAAGCUUCGACCAAGACGACCCCAAAUCAAGUCGUCCCAGACCAAGCUCCGGAUCCAGGCUCGCUUCGCCUGACCAGAGGUUCACCGAGGUCCAGGAAAAGGCGUACGUCGCGCAGCAAGUGUCCAGGUGGGAGCGGGUGGAGUCCGAACGCGUGA